AUGAACGGUAUCAGUGGAUUCAGCAACAGCACCACACCCACCACAGUGGCCACCACUCCCGAAUGCGAUGAUUAUCUUUUAUGCCACAACCAACAACAACCUUGCUUUUGUAACAACGUUGUUCCACCACCUCCACAGCUUAUCGAUGACAUGUGGUCAUCAUACCACAACAUGACGACACCACUUGCAAUGACUGCUGCCAGCAUGGGUGCAUGUCAACCACCACCACCUCCACCUCCACCUCCACCAAUGAUGAUGCCAUGUGGUGGAACACCAUCAUCAUCAUCAUCAUCACCAAGCAGCAACUCGAUCAUCGAUUGUGAAUGUUGUCGUGCAUCUCAACCUGGGGACUUUAAGCCAUCUUUUUACAAUCCAUUUGAAGUAAAGCAUCGACGACGAACAUCGCGUGCUCAAUUCAAGGUACUCGAAAAGACAUUUCACGAGACCCCCAAACCCAAUGCACAAAAGCGACGUGCCUUGGCUCAGAAAUUAGGGAUGACACCCCGUGGCGUGCAAGUGUGGUUUCAGAAUCGACGCGCCAAAGCAAAAGCUCAACAACGUCGUGAACAGCAACAACAACAACAGGAGCAAAAUGAACAACAACAACACAACAUGUCACCUUCGUCUUCAUCCACAUCCAUGGUUGAUCAUCAACAACAACAUCCACUUGUAGUCGAACCUAUCACCCCACCUUUCCCCAUGGAUCCAUUUUGGCCUACUACAGGAGCAGCAGUAGCAGUAGCUGCAUGCAAUGAUGACUUUGAAUGUAAAGCAAUGCAUCAGCAACAGCAACAGCAGCAACAGCAAUGCUCAAGAAAUAUGGAGUAUGGUGGUUGUGGUGGAUGGAUGGGCCAUAUGCCAGAGGAAGACGUGUUGACAACCGCUGCUGCUUUUGAUACGUUGUUUCCAUUAUCACCCUCAACCACAUCCUCAGCAGCCGAUGCAGCAGCAGCAGCAGCAGCAGCAGCAGCAUUGAUCCCUCCUGUUCAUCCACAUGCCACAGAUGACAUUUACUAUUUGAACGACGAGUUGCUACGAAGAAGCUCCUGUCCCAUUUUGCCACAAGCAUCAAAUGAUUUAAAUGAGGAUAUGCGACGACUCUCGGAACCCAUCUUUGCUACCACCACCACCCACCAUGAACUUGAUCUCACCUUCCUCGAUUUGGCACAACAACAACAACAACAGCCAUCAUCAGCAUAUUACAACGAAUUCGCAUGUUAA